CCACUCUCUCCCUCUUUUAUCAUCAGCGGAAGUUCCUGAGCGUGUGUUGUCUCUCAGCAGCCAUCAAUCGUCUUAACCAUCUUUCUUUUUCAUCUUUUCUUUAAUUAGUUCCUUUAUCAUCUAAAACAAUGUCGCUCAUCCCUCGCGGCUGGGGUCUCGAGUCGAGCAUCUUCGAUCCCUGGGAUCCCUUCGAAGGCUUCCCUUUCAACACCUCCCUCUCCUCCUUCCCUCGUCUUUCCUUUCCCAGCGAGUCGUCCGCCUUUGCCAAUGCCCGCAUCGAUUGGAAGGAGACCCCGGAGGCCCACGUCUUCAAGGCCGACCUCCCUGGCCUCAAGAAGGAGGAGCUCAAGGUCGAGGUGGAGGAGGGCAACGUCCUCCAGAUCAGCGGCGAGCGGAACCGGGAGCAGGAGGAGAAGACAGAUACAUGGCACCGCGUCGAGAGGAGCAGUGGCAAGUUCCUGAGGCGGUUCCGGCUGCCGGAGAAUGCGAAGAUGGACCAGGUGAAGGCGGCCAUGGAGAACGGAGUGCUCACGGUGACCGUGCCCAAGGAGGAGGUUAAGAAGCCCGAGGUGAAAUCCAUUCAGAUCUCUGGCUGAAGUCCUUUGGAGGGACAAAAAGGGCGAGUGCGGGUGUCCUGUUUGUCGGUUGUCCUCAGUUAGAAAGGGCUAGUGCAGGUGUCCUGUUUGUUGGUUGUCCUCAGUUACGUGCGACGGGUACUGUUGAUAGGUUUUGGGGUCUUUCAUCUCAACACACUGUGUCAUGCUUGAUGAGGGGUUUUAUCUUUGUCAAUUUCAACCUAUGAUAAUGAAGUAAGAACAAAAAUGUUGAAGUGCAAAGUGGUGAUGGCACUUUUCAUCAUACAGAAUGGAAAAAUCUGAGAGUUGGAGAUAUGGUAAAGGUCCACCGGCCGACCUCAUCGUUCUUUCAUCCAGUUAUGAGGAUCGAUCUGCUAUGCUGAGACAAUGAACCUUGAUGGAGAGAGAAAUUUAAAAUUGAAACAGUCAUGGAAGGUAACUGCAGGCUUACAAGGUGAUUCUAGUUUUGAACAUUUUAAAGCAUCCAUCGAUCAAGUGUGAAGAUCCAAAUGCAAACCUCUUAACUCUUUUUUUUCACGUCAACCACUACUUCUGGACUCUAAAUUAUGGAACGUUGUUGUUGGUGGUCAUGAUACAAAAGUUAUGCAAAAUGCGGCAAGCCCAUCCAAGAAGCAAAAUUGAAAGGAAGAUGGAUAAGAUUAUGUACCUCCUGUUAUGCCAUAGUUUAAUUGUUAGCUAUCGGGUCAAUUUUCUUUGGCAUUGCCACUGAAGAGGACCUAACAGAUGGAGAAAUGAAGUGAUGGGAACUUACACCAGGUGAUACUGCCAUCUUCUAUGAGUUCCUAUUGCAGCAAUAUUGCACUUUUUUACAGCCAUAAUGUUGUAUGGUUAUUUUGUCUCCAUCUCUGUAUGUUUCUAUAAGGUAGUCAAGGUCUUACAGAGCAUUUUCAUCGUUUGAGACAUCCAAAUGAUUUAGCGGGAAAGUGCAUCAUGCAGUCCAGACGCCUUAGAAGCUUCUUUCUCUGAAUCUCUGCGUACUGGCACUGUGAAUUAGUGACCAUCUUAUGGGCCUGCUGCUUUUAAAUGCAGUACCUGACCAUAAAAAUGAAAUUUCUGAAUACAAAAGAGCUGCUUCCACGAAUGACAUUCAAACAGAUUGAGCUCGGUUGCUAGGCAAUUCCGUCGUAAUAUUUUUGCGUCAGUAUUGGAUAUGUAAGUUUUUAAUGUUGGUGUUUCUUGGCUGUGGUUGUUUUCUUUCAUUCUUACAUCUUACGGUAAACUCUCCUUGCAAUGUUGAAAUUAUAGAAAAUGGUUAUGAUAAAUUUCAGGCUUUUUGUAUUAUUUGUUUUUUGUUCUUCUAGACUUUUUGUUGAAGCGAGGGGGUGUUUGGUUGAAGAGAGUUAGAGUUUAAAAUAAGAAUAGAAAUAGGUAAUUUUCAUUUGAAUCGUUUGAUUGGGAGAAAUUUUAUUCUGAUUUUGAUUUCUUAAUAGAAUGGGAAUGGCUGAAUUUCUGUAAAAUUCAAUUUUGGCUCUUUUCUAAAGAUUUAGAUCUUCAUUCUGAUUUUAAUUUUAAUUACAAAUCAAAUACUUCGGAGGAUAUGAUCAUUUCAAUUCUUAUUUCAAUUUAUUCUGAUUCUACUUUUAAUCAUGUGCUAAACACCUCCAAAUGUCAUUUAGAUUCUCAGAGUAACUGCAGAAGGCAGGAUGCAAUGUGCAGCAGAGCUAGAGAUUAUCUUUGACAAAUGAUGUAACAAUUAGUAAAAACUUCUGUCACGGCUUUGAAAAAGCGAUUUUGUUUUUUUUUUCUUUUUUUUAAUCCCGCAGCUUGCCAAACAUGGCACCUGCUUCAGUGAAAAUCUUUUUUGUUUUUGUGUUGCAGCAGAGACAGAAAUAUUCAUCUGUUAUCCAUCAAUUAUGUCCCAUUCCGACAAAAGAAAGCUCAAGUCACUGCAUGAAACCUUCCUUAAUUAGAACAAAGGGGAACUGCAUGAAACUAGUUUGUAUGAUUCUUUUGUGCAACUUUAAUAUUUUUGAACUAUGUAACCUUUUUGAGAGAGGGAGGGAGAGAUUGAGAGAGUGAGUGAAGAGGGGUUGUUCACCCCUCCCAAAAAUUUAUUAGAUCACGUGGAAAAAUACGGGUGGUGUUGCAAGAGAGUGGUAUCAGCCUGCAUAGGAAGAUUUGAUGAACUACGAAGGUGGAAGAAUUCAGAGGAAACGUUAGCAUUCCAGUCCGAGGUGAUGGAAACUAUUUAAACAUUAUUUUUGUGAUAAAAAAUUCUGCUCUGGUUGGUGUGGCAGCACUGAGUCUAAAAACAAACCGUUUGGUGACACAGUUUGGCUUUUUUUUGAAGGAAGCCAGGACGUAGCAUUCACUCUAAUCUGUUGCCGACAUGGUGCGUAGCAAAUUGUUGGCUUCUUAUAUACUUAUAUCAGUGUGAUCUUGUUAGAUAUAUGGCAAUCAAAUUGCUAGGUUAGCAAAUGAACCUUUGUUGUCCACCGAACACAAAUGAGGUAAUGCUUGAACAGCUCUGACAUAUUAUUUGAGAUGAAAUCCAUUGAUAGAGGGUGAUAAAGGAAUAUUGGAGAUAAAAUAAAAGGAAAGUUCUAAUCCUGAUUUCUCGUUGCAAGGGAUAGAAAGGAUAUUUUACGAGACCCAAAACAUUCCAAUAUUCAAGUUAAAACAAAACAGAAAAAUUGAUAUUACAUGGAUUUCUUCAAAUGUAAACUAGCAUAAUAAACACCUCAUGAAAUAUUGAUAUCAUUCACCAAAAAAAAAAAAA